GGAAGUGCCAUCUCAUUGAUGCUGCUGGGGGCGGGUGGUAGAUGGGGAGUACAACAGACCCCUGUAAUCCACAGGUUACAAGAUUAUAAAUUGGAUGGGCGUGUGGAUUGUGGAGGGCGGGAAGGCUCUGCAGCAGAGCAAACUGGGCGGGCUGAGUUGAAGGGCUUGAGACUAAAGUGUGGGUGCAAAGGCCAAGUGCCAGGUCCUACACUUGGGUCACACAAACCCUCCAGGCUGGAGAGAGCUGGGAAAUGCACUGGGCCUGCUGAUGAGAACAACUGAACGUGAGCCCAGGUGGGCAAAAGGCGAUGGCACCUGGACUGUCCCAGCAUUAGUGUGGCCACAGGCACAUCCCCUGUUCUGGCACUGCUGGGCCACCUCCAGCCUUGGGAAUAGACCUGAAGCCCUCAUGGCAAGAGAGGGGCUGUGCAAAGAAGGGAAUGGAGUGGGGGAAGGGUCUGGAGCACCAGGAGGAGCUGGGGGGACUCAGACUGGAGAAAAGGAGGCGCAGAAGGGACCAUCUGGCUCUCCGCAACUCCCUGACAGGAGGGUGCAGCCAGGGGGUGUGUCAGGCUCUGCUGCCAGGGAACAAGGGACAGGACAGCCUAAUUCUCUGCCAGGGGAAGUUGAGGUUGGAUAUGAGGAGGAAUUUCUUCAUAGAAAGUGGUGUCAGGUAUCUGAAAGGGCUGCUCAAGAAAGUGGUGGAGUGCCUAACCCUAGAGGUGUCCAAGGAAUAAUUGGACAUGGCACUCAGUGCUCUGGUCUGCGUGACAAGGUAGGGAUUGAUCACAGGUUGGGCUCAAUGAUCCUAGAGAUCUUCUCCAACCUUAAGGAUUCUGUGAAAUCCCUCUGGCUCCUUUCCCAGCUCUGCUCCAGGACUGCCCAUUCCUCCCUGUAGCUCAGCAACCAUGUACCAGCCCAACAGUGACACUGCCCCUGCUGUUCCGGGUCUCCCAGAGCUUUCACAGCCAUGGAGCCCGUGGGACGCUGUGCUACCCAGGUGGGGGGAGAGGGGGCUCCGAGGGUGUUUGGUGGGGGACAGGUCCUGAAGCCGUAUGACAGCUUCAUCCGCACUCACCUGCGCUUCUAUGGCUACUUCCGAGGUGAGCCCUGGCCACCGUGCGCUGUCCCCUCCUGUCCCUGGGCCGUGUCCCCUCCUGCCUCCUGGCUGCAGUGCUGUUCUCCCCAAGAUGAGAAGACGGGCAGGGAAGAGACUGCCAUGUCCCCAGGACAGCCCUCCAGGCAGCAUCCCAAAGCAUCCACCAUGGGCAACACCGGUUCUGGCUGGCAGCGAGGCCCUGGGCACAAACCAAACCGAGACGCACAGGCUCCAUUCUCCCUCCCUGCUCCCCGCUGGCCUGUGGAGUGUGAAGUCAUCCAGGAGACAAUUGAGCACAUCGAGUGGAUCCCCCCCAAACCAGAGCCCUUCUGCCCACCCAUGGGCCGGGAGCAGUCCAUGUACACUCUCAGUGAGGAGCAGGGCACCACUGUCUACCACUGCCCAGCACUCCAAGCCUCCUGCUUUACUCGUGCUCGGGUUGGGGGGGCCCCAGGGCCACUCUCCUCGCCAGCAGCCCCGUUGGAGGGCCCGCAGGACACCACGCUGCUCUUCGAGUCCCGCUUUGAGAGUGGGAACCUCGAGAAGGCCAUCAAGGUGGGUCCUUAUGAAUAUGUGCUGAUGCUGCGGCCGGACCUGUACACAGCCAAACACACACAGUGGUUCUACUUCCGUGUCCAAAACACGCGGCAGGAGCCACUCUACCGCUUCACCAUUGCCAACAUGGCCAAACCCAAGAGCCUCUACGGCCAAGGCCUGCAGCCACUGCUCUACUCCCAGCAGGAUGCCCAGAGUCGUGGCAUAGGCUGGCGCAGGGUUGGGACCGACAUCUGCUACUGCCGCGGCAGUGCAGGGGAGCUGCCGCUGUUCCGGCUCAGCUGGACAGUGCGCUUCCCGCACGACGGCGACACGUGCUUCUUUGCCUCCUGCUACCCCUACACCUACUCGGAUCUGCAGCGCUACCUGCGCGCGCUGGCGGCCGACCCGGCGCGCUCCCGGUACUGCACGGUUCAGGUGCUGUGCCGCAGCCUGGCUGGCAACAGCGUGUACCUGCUGACCAUCACCGGCCCAGGUGGCACAGCCGGCAAGCAGGUGGUGGUGGCGAGCGCCCGCGUGCACCCUGGCGAGAGUGGUGGCUCCUGGGCCAUGAGGGGAUUCCUCGAUUUCCUGCUUAGCGCCCACGCGGAUGCGCAGCUCCUGCGCCGCCUCUUUGUCUUCAAGGUGGUGCCGAUGCUCAACCCUGACGGGGUUGUGGUGGGUAACUCCCGCUGCUCCCUGGCGGGACGGGAUCCCAACAGGGCUUACGGGAUGGCACUUCCUGGCUCCUUCCCUGGCGUGUGGCACCUGCGGGCCAUGGUGCAGAGGAUGCUGGCGGAGCAGGAGGUGGUGCUGUACUGCGACUUCCAUGGGCACAGCCGGAAGAACAAUGUCUUCAUGUACGGCUGCGAUGCCAGCAGGGAUGACACCGGGACACGGCUGCGCCAGCGCGUGUUCCCCCUGAUGCUGAGCAAAAACGCCCCAGACAAGGUGGGACAGGGAUGUCUCAGAGCCACCUGUUGUGGUGACAGCGGGAACGCAGCCACUGUGCUGCUUCCCCAGCUGUCCCUAUGGGGCUGGGACCCCUCUGACCCUGGGACCCCCCAGUUCUCUUUCUCCAGCUGCAAGUUCCAGGUGCAGAAGAGCAAAGAGCGGACAGGCCGGGUCUGCAUGUGGCGCCUGGGCGUCUCCCACAGCUACACCCUAGAGGUGGCUUUCAGUGGCUCCACACUGGGUGGAAGGAAAUCCCACUUUAGCAUGGAGGACCUGGAGUCACUGGGUCGCCUCCUCUGUGACACUCUGCUUGAAUUCUGUGACCCUGCAACCGCCAAGCUCCAGCAGUGCCUGGUGGAGGCGGAUGCGCUGCUGCAGCGACGGAUGGGUGGUGAGCCAGGCUCUGGAGGCAGCUGGAGCAAUGUAUCCCCGUCAGAGCUGGAGUCCAGCACCAGUGGCUCCGACAGCUCAGUGUCCGACGGGAUCCCAGAUGAUUUCCACAUCCCUGACCAGCCGAUGGAGCCACGCAGGAGGAAGCGACUGCAGAAACGGAGAGCAAGGAAUGGCCUGCACCAAACCAACCGGAACCGCACUGGCAUCCCGGCUGGGACCCGCAGGCAUCCAGUUCUUCCUGGUGUCCAGAAUGGAAGUGGCAGAGCGGGAGAGAAGCCCAGAGGCAGCUCCAAUAUUACCAUUCCCAGGGCAGCUGGAGCAGGGAAUGGCCCUCAUGCCAUCACAGGAGAGAUGCUUGGAGCUCACUCUGGAGUGGCCCUACCCAGGGCACCUGAAGGAGGGAGUAGCCAUGGUGCCACCAUGGGAAAGCAUCAGCUGGACACUGGCACAAGUGCUGUGACACACCACAAGCCACCACUGAGCCCCCACCACUGUGGUGCCAGCAGCUACUCCCGGGAUCCAGCUGUGGGAGCAAUCCUGGGGCCAUCCUGGCAACGGGGUGGGCGCAGGCCCAGGGACAGGACACGACCCCUCACUGUCCCUGCAGUGGCCUCACGCUGCUAUGCCUGCGCUCGGCAGUAAAGAUGCUGCCACCUCCGUGUAUAUGCCUGGUGCUUCCUGUUCUCAUUGUGAUGUCCCCUCAGGGGUCCCCUUGUCCCUGAGCCCGGCCAGAGUCCUGCUGGCACCCAACCCCAAGCCACCAUGGUAUCAGCCUAUGCCUGUGGUGUUACCUUGGCCCCUGCCACCAGGGUGUCACCUCUAUUGCCUGUUGUCACCUCAGCCGUACCACCAUGGUGUCACCUUGGGGUCUAGGGAUGUGGUGUCGCUAACUCUGCCACUCUCGCGUCGCCUCAGCCCUGUCACCACGCUGUCCCCGCCGUACACGGGGCACAGGCCCCGAGUGUGUCCCCUAGGCCUCGUUGCCAUGGCAACACCCCCGCGGCUCCGCCGGCCGUUCCCAUGGCAGCCGCUGCGCUCCCAGGGCGCCCCCUAGCGGCCGGAAGAACGUCACUGCCGCGCCGGAACUACCGGGAGGCGGAAGCGGA